AUGGUAGCUAUCUCCUCGUAUUGCGUCUGGAAGUGUAGCUUUAUCCUGCACUACUAUAGGCUGAAAAAGCUUGUGAGAACCAUCUUACAUGGUGCAGUUGUAGCUACCCUACUGGUUGUGAUUAUAUCUGCCUAUGGUCUUUAUCGUCGUCAACUUUAUGGUGGAUUUCUAUUUUUCAGCAGUGUUAAAGAAUCGCUCCUCAUUCAGUUAGUAGCCUACAACGCCGUUGCUAUCCUAUACAUUGGCAACUCCUCUGGUCCCAAGGAGAAAGUUAUAUCUGCUGGACUUCUUGUCCUUGUUCUCUUUGUCUUCCUAUUCUGCUCGUUUCUUGCCAACACCUAUCGCACCGAUCUCAUUUUCGGGGCCAACAUCGUGGCUAUAUCCUCGCAUUGCGCAUGGAAGCUUUAUCCGCAGAUCCGACCAUGGCUCGAUGCGCUUGAUGCCCACACGGAGCCAUCCCAACCGGCACGGCAACAAGAAGCGGUGCUUCGACUCCAGCAGACCCCGUUUUGCAUCAAAGACCUCCCAAAGGAAUUCUCAAGCGAUGAAAUCCAAUCCAUAACACAAGACUUCGGAAAAAGGAUAGGUCAUGGUGCCUCUGCCCAAGUCUUCCAUGGGAGCCUCGACGACGGCACGGCCAUCGCCGUCAAGCGCAUACAUAUGCACAGUGGGCACACCGAGGCCGGCGAAGAAGAAUUCAGAAGAGAGGUCUCCAUCAUCGCCAACGUGCACCACCGCAGCCUUGUGCGCCUCCUCGGCUACUGCCUGCAGCAGCACGGCGGCGGCGGCCUCUACCUGGUCUACCCCUUCUUCGAGAACGCGUCACUGGACAGGUGGAUCUUCAGCCGCAGCGACGAGCAAAGGCGCCUCUUGGCUUGGCCAAAGAGGUUCUGCAUCGCCGUCGACGUGGCCAGGGCGCUCGCGUACCUCCACAAAGACUGUCACCGGCGGAUCCUGCACCUCGACGUCAAGCCGGGCAACAUCCUCCUCGACGGCGACCUCCGCGGGCACGUCUCCGACUUCGGCAUCUCCCUCUCCAUCACCAGGGACCUGACCAGCGUCAUCAACACCCGCGGGAGGGGCACCUUCGGCUACAUGGCGCCGGAGAUGCUCGUCAAUGCGGUAUCGGAUAGGUCCGAUGUGUUCAGCUACGGCAUGACGCUUCUCGAGCUCAUCGGCGGCCGCCGGAACUUCGACCCCUCGUCGUCGGCGACGCUGGACCCGAACCUGGCGCAGAACUUGCGGGAGAAGAUGGCACAAGACAAGCACAUGGAGUUGGUGGACAUAGCCAUGGCGGAUGUAGACGAGGAGGCGGUGAAGACAGUGGUGAAGGUGGCACUCCUUUGCAUCCAGCACGAGCGGGACAUGAGGCCAAGCAUGCAAAAUGUGGUCGAUAUGCUCGAAGGACGGGUCGCUGUUAAUCUCCCGCCGGAGGCCCGUCGUCCAUCAUCUUCUUCUGCUGUAAAUUUAUCGGAGCCACAUUCGGUUUCGGAACACGCCAUCAUCGACAUGCAGCACACACGCACCCAACCCGCGGCCGCCCGCGCCCCGCCGAUCCGCACCAGCGCUGUCCAGAUCCGCACGCCCGCCACGCCGCUGGCCCCGCCGCCGCCGCUGCCGCACGCCCGCCACGCCGCAUGCAGCGCCGCCGCCGCCGCACUCCCGCCGUCGGCACCCCGCACGCAGCCUCGCCGCACCCCCUGCGCCCUGCGCCCCCGCCUCCCCUGCACCCUGCGCCCCCGCCGUCGACUGCCCGGCCGCUCCGGCCCCGGCCGCCCCGGUGCCCCGGCCGCUCUGGCGCGCGCCGCUCCGGACUCCGCUCGUGCCUCGUCCUCGUCUUCGCCUCCUCCUCCGCCCGCCCCUUGA